AUGAAUGUUUUAACUAGUAUAUCAAUACGAAUGACGAGAUCAUCAUGGAUUAAUGGUCAAUUUUCAAACGUAACGACUGAUAACUGUUCAUAUUAUGGUCGACUAAAUUCAACUGGUUUCGGCAUUAUUCGAUCGUAUGAAGGAAUUCCAGAAAAUUUUCUGGUUAAUCUCAUUGUUUCACUAAUUCUCGUACUUCUUUUUGCGUAUCUACGACGUCGUUUUUCUGAUGCGAAAAACAUUGUCGACGGAACAGAAAUAUCGAAUUUACUCUAUGGACAAAGUAAUUCAUCACGACAUCUCAUUCAACGUGCCCAAGAAUCGUACUUACAUCGGUAUUGUAUGACACACUGGUUAUGGGUUCGAGAUUUAUUCAGAAUGACUGAUUCAGAUAUUUAUCGACAUGUUUCAGUAGAUGCAUAUUAUUAUCUCUUAUUUCAUACAUAUUUAAUCUUUUAUUUACUAUUCGUGACAAUAUUUUCAUUAGUAGUUAUUCUACCAGUUAAUAUUCAAGGAACACAAGAAACCAGUGAAGAAAAAUUUGCUCUGACGACUAUUGGAAAUUUAUCACCUAAUUCCUCGUUACUCUGGGUUCAUGCAUGUACAUCGAUAUUAUUUGUAUUAAUUGGUAUUAUUGUUGCUUAUUUAUAUAAAAAUACUACACGUUAUUAUGCCAAAGAAGAUGUGGCAUCUAGAACAUUAAUGAUUCGUGGAAUUCCGCAAAAUGUAUGUAAUGAAGACCAACUUAGAACAUAUUUUCAGGAAGCAUAUUCGACAAUAGAAAUAACACAUUUAACAUUGGUCUAUAAUAUAAGUCAAUUACAACAUUUUUAUAAACGCCGCGAAUUUUAUUUUCGUAUUUGGCAAGAAAGUAAAAAUAUUUAUGAACAAACAGGAAAACGUUCCAUUGUUUAUAAUAACAAACUUGGAAAAAUAUGUCGUUGUUGUUCUAAAGAGAUUGAUGCAAUGGAAUUUUAUGAAAAAUUAUAUACUCUUUAUAAACAGCGUGUAGAAAACGAAUUUGCACUGGUCAAAGAGAAAAAGUGUGGAUUAGCUUUUAUUACAUUUUCGACAGUGGAGCAAGCGCAUAAAAUUUCUACAGAUUUUCGAUCGAAAUGUUUUGCACGAAAUCGUCGACCGUUAACAUCAACCAGUAAGAGGCUUGGGAUUCAAAGAUGGACAGUAAAAUUUGCACCAAGUCCCAAAAAUAUUAUUUGGAAAAAUAUUCCAACUAGUGAAGCUAGUCAUUGGUUUCGUAUUAUCAUUGUUAAUCUGAUUCUAGUAUUCUUUAUGAUAUUUUUAACGACACCAUCAAUUGUUAUGAGUACAAUUGAUAAGAUUAUAAAUAAAUAUCGUUCAAUUGAUGCAAUAGAAAAAGUGACAAAACUAAUCCAUUUUCCAGUUCUAUUAACAUCUGUAAUGCCUGCAUUAUUACUACGUAUCUUUGCUGCUGUAAUGCCGGCACUUGUUAGUGUGACAUCCUUACUUGAAAAACGAUGGAAAAAAUCUACAUUAGAUAAAUCAAUGAUGAUCAAAUUAUUUAUCUUUCUUCUUAUGAUGAUACUUAUCUUGCCAUCAUUAGGUUUAACCAGUAUUGAAGGAUUCCUUCGUUGGGUGUUACAAAGUGAUGAUGAUAUUUCACAUAAUGGAAAAAUUCGUUGGAUGUGUGUGUUUUUACCGGAUAAUGGAGCUUUUUUUGUAAAUUAUGUGAUAACAUCGGCAUUUAUUGGAGCUGCUAUUGACUUAUUGCGUCUAGGUGAUUUGGUUUCUUAUCUUUAUAUUGUUGCAACAUCUAAGUCAAUAGCUGAACGGCAAGUUAUUCGACAUGCAUUACAAUUUCCAUUUCGCUUUGGUGUACAAUAUGCUUGGACAGGAGCUGUAUUCAGUGUCAUACUUGCUUAUUCUAUAAUUUGUCCAUUAAUAACGCCCAUUGGUUUAAUUUAUUUGUUAAUAAAACGUGCCGUGGAUAAAUACAAUUUGGUAUUCGUUUAUGAUACAGAAAUAGCUGAUAAAAGUGUUCAUCGUUUAGCAGGAAGUUUCAUUAUUGUCGCAUUAAUUAUUCAACAAUUAACAUUAUUAUUUUUUGUUCUUCUUCGUUCGGAAUCAUUGACGUAUUUAUCGAUUGUAUUAUUAGGAAGCUUUUUUCUGACAAGUGGAAUUUACAUUGCUAUCACGUGUUUUGAUUGCUGUCAUCGAUGGACUUCAAGAGAAUAUUCAUUUACAAGAGGAAGAUUACCUGAGACGUUGAGUAUUCGUCAGCAAUUGGAUAAUUUAGGUGAAUUAGAAGAAACGGAAGAUGGUGAGACAAAACCACGAACCACAUCGGAUUAUAUACCAACGAUAUUAAAUGCAUGUAUUGAAGAGUUUGAAACAUCACCGAGUACAACAGAAAUUCGACGUAGUUCAACACGAGAACGAUUACAACAAGGAAAUUAUGGAUCUAUUGAUCAACUUCAUCAACCAAUUGCUUUUGGAACUGACCAUAUAUCUUUUAAAGCUAUUUUUUUUAAAUAUCAGCACAUUAUAAAUAUGGUUGUUAAUGCAGCACUUAAACGACGUCGACAAAAUACUUUGGCUCAAUUGGUUAUUGCUAAAAAUACGAAUAUUGAAUUAAUUAAGAAAUAUGAAGAAAAGAAACUAGAAGAACAUAGAUGUGAACAAAACAUCAUCGAUAAAUGUGCUGAAAUGUCGAGUAAUCUUCAACAACGUAUGGAUGAAUUAAUUGCAAGUGGUUCAGUUGCCGCUACAUCAAAAAAAACUGAAAAAAUGCUUGAAAGAGCUCAUCUAUGGAGUCAAGAAAUGACAGAUAGACUAGCAUCCAUUUUAUGUUUACAAGAAUCUCCUGAACAAUCUCGAACAAGUUUAACAAUGCCUGCUGCAGUUAAUAAUAAUAAUACACUUCUUGAUACAACACUCGCUCGUCGUCAAGCAGCAGCUGCUCAAUUACAAUUAGCUGGACUUUCGGCUUCAUUUUAUGUUCAACAAGGUCGUAAAUCACUUUCUGUUUCAAUACAAAAAAGUCCACGAACACGUCAUUUAUAUAAAAAUAAAAAUAAUAAUAAUAAAUCUAUGAUUGACGAAAAUGAUAUUAAUGAUGAAAAUAAGCCAAUGGACGAUAUAUCUCAAAUGCCUGUGGAUGAAACGAAUACCGAAGGAGAAACAACUAUUGAAGCGGAAUCAAAUCGAGCUCCUACACCUCCACCAUUACCUGACUUUUACGUUGUCGAAGAAGGUCUUAAUUAUACGAAAAAAGCUGAAAAGAAACACUUUACGGUGCAAAAUCGAUACGGACAAUUUAAAAUGGUACGCAUCAGUGGUGUUACUGAACCAUUUCAAUGCAAAGCACGUGUUAUGAAUUUACCCCCACAUUCUCAAAUGCCUUUAUCAAUUGCAUUUUUACCAACGAUAAAACAACGUGGUAUGAAAUUUUCAUGUACAAUAACUUUACGUACACCUUCCGAUGAUGGUCAAGAUGAUAUUCUUCUCGAAAGAUCUCUUACUGGUCAAUGGUUAUAA